UCGUUAUCAGCUGUUUUGCGGAUGAGACUUCUAAACAAUGUGCGGUUCACUAUUUCUGUAAAUGAAUACUCCAGUGGAACGAUGGCGAACUGCCAAGCAAAAGUAAAGGCGUUUUAUGGCGAUAACUCAAAGUGGUAAGCAGCAGGCAUUUAUAAGAUUAAUCAAGCUUAUUUUACGCUUGAAUAAAACUAAAAUGUACAGCAUGGUUAAGAAAAAAAAUCUUGUUUUAGUUUGCCUGUCAAACUGUGAAACUGUUUUUAAAAACAUAUCUGUAGAUCGAAAGCAUCUAGCAAUUUAAUAGUUUAAUUAGACGUUUUACAUGAUUUAUUUCAUAUAUCAGUAACAUCUCGACGUUUUGUUAUCCACAUGUUUGAAUUGUGCUACAUAGUAAAUUUUUCUUAUUUUAUUUAAGCUUAAGCUUAUAUGCUUGUGAAAAUUACAGUGAACCCUUCAGAGAAGCUUUGACUUCACAUAAUAUGAUCGACGUGUAAUUAACCAGAAUCACUUAAUGUAAUUAUUAUUGUACUAGCUAAAUGUUGUAUUGACACUAUAAAACAGUGCAUAUAUCUAUGAUAGACCUUAUCAGGGGUUUUGGAAGCCAUCUUACUGGGUAGGCAACCACGUAAAAAAAAAAAACAGUGUUUGUAUAAGAAUCUAAUGUCAAAGAAAGUAGUUAUUGUAAACUAAAGCUACAGUGUAAUUUGUGAUAUUUUUCUUUGGACUCCCUAAAAAUCUUUUCAUUAUAAUUGUCAGAGGAAUGACAGGGCAUAAGCACAGGUACCCUAAUUUCACGAGUGACAAUCGUUGUUGUAUAACAGAAAUAAUGACGUUAGUGGUUGUUAUUAAGGUGUCAAAAGUAUGUAAUAAAAGACAUCAGAAUUUCUUACCUUUUCUCCUUGUUUAAAUUUAUGGUCUGUUCUUAGCAUUUUUGACCAUUUCAGUGCAAUAAACCGUUAUGAUAUUUCUGUUGCACCACAAUGAUUCUCAGUUACAUUUUGACCUUAGGGUACCUGUGGGCACAAAUUGAAAAGGGAGAGGAAUUCCAUUUUUUUGUGCAAGACAUAUUUUGGGGGUACUUAUCAAAAUGUUUGCAUUUGCACUUAUUCCAUCCCCUAUCCCACCUUUUCGCCAUAAUUAGUGAUCAGUAAGUUAAUAAGCUAUUUACAUUAUGUGAUGUCAUAGCAUCUACAAAGACUGGGAGCGAAAAAGGAUUAAACUGGAAAAAGUUGCCACUGAAUUCAGACGACACCCGAUCAUUCCAAGAAGGAAACUGAGGUAUGUAAAAUGUCAAAAACGGUUUGCAUCCAACCCAAAAUGUGCCAGAAAUAUCCUACUAUUCUCAUUUUCUAAAUCAGUUUUUUGUCAGAGUAAAAAAAAAUGCUAAACUAAGUUUCUGACUCAAAAUUGAUUUGAAAAAAAGAAAGAAAAAAAAAUGAACAAAACCUUGUUAGGGGAGUUGCACCCUCUCCCCCCCCCUCCUCCUUUGUAUGUGUACUUGUAACAGGUAGAACUAAUAUUAUUUCUCUUUCUAAUAAUUGCUCCUGAUUAUUUGCAAAUAGGAUAGAUGACCCCUUGCCUGUGUUUGAGACCUUUCCACGUCAGCAAAUGGCAUUUGAUUAUGUCAGGACCUGCCACCAGGUAGGUCAAUAAGACAUGAUGUUUUUUUACACAUACAUGUAUCUACUGGUCACUGUAUGUCAUAGAAUGUAAGUUAUGUAAUUGAAGCAAUGUUCUAAAGCCAGGUCUAAAUACCAAUAUCAUGAAGGAGCCUGUAUUUUAAUGUGUAAUGUAAUAUUGUGGAUUAGAGGGGACAACAAGUCAUGCGCCCUACAGUAAGCUUGGAUGUCAGCAUAUAAGAGCGCCACUGGCAGCCGCUAGCCACCGUUUGUCUCAUUUAUAGUUAACAAUUCAUUGCGAAGUGGAAGUUGGGUGAAUGAGAUAUUCAGGAGCUUCCACUAUGGACAGCCAGCUCCUUGAAGGGGGUCCCUCCCAUGGCUAGCAAAUCCUGGCAACCCUGCCGUGAGCCCCCAUCGCAAAUCGUACAAGAGAAGAAAGCAGGCACCCGUCACACUGAGCAAGUCAGGGGAAAGAGGGAAGGUAGAGAGAAACUGUUAUAAACUGAGUCCUUACAAUUGUGAAACACCAGGCUGAAUAAAUGCUCACUAAAUUUGCCCAAAAAUGCCAGAACACUAUUUAAAACACAAUUGAACAUGCUACAAUGCACACAAAUCCAAGAGACCAUACAUAUGGGAUCCUGGUGCAUGCACAUCUCACAACACCACUGGCCAGCAAGAUAAGACUAGCACUCUUUGUUGUUAACUCCAUUAAAUUGCAUUUAAUCGCACUUUAAUAAGUUUCCCUGCUAUAGCCUGAUCCACCCCAUCAUACUAUAACAAAUCAGACAUCUAAGUAACACAUUCAAUAAGAUUAACUUUUAUCAAUGUAUCCUCACAAAUGGAGUAAAUGAAUUGGUCACACUGGUGGAUCAAAAUGGAAAUACAUUUUCAUGUAGUACAGUUAUAUUCAGGAUGGAUGAUACAAUUCUUAAAAUUCUUUCAGUUUCUGUUAUUUUAUUUGUGAUCUUAGAUAACACCACUAUUGCAUUAUCUAGAGAAUUUUUUCUGCUUUGCUUUUGAGAAAACCAAGGCCAAAAGCUUGAAAAGUCUGUGUCACUUGUAAAACAAAGUAUAAAGCAAAGUAAGUGGAGUGAACUCAGAGGCAACUUUUUGCCUUUCUUCUAAACUUACAAAUAUUGUGUUAUUUUUUGAAUAAAUUGGAAAAUUCUGCAAGGCCACACUGUAGAAUAAACCCUAUAGUUUCUUACACCUUUCAAACAGCAAACUGGGCUUACUUGUUGACUUUACAGCUGUAUUGCAUUCACAUCAGUUUUUGGCUUUUUUAUUAACUCCAACAACCCAUCUUAUGGAGAUGCAGUGAAUCACAUUCAUCUUAUGCUAUUUUCACUGUACUGCCAUGUAGGAUGUGCAUGUCUUUGCUAGAGAAAAAGAUAGCCAUGGAAAGCGUUUAUACAUUGUUGCAACCUUACCUGAGUUCUGGUACAGGUACACAAGGUAUGAUGGAUUUUAAACAUUUUAUUAUUGGAUGAAGUUUUUGUGAUAUCCGGAAUUAUCAAGGUCAAGGUAAGUGUUAUCAGCUGAGCUGAAGGCCAAGGCUGAUAACACUUACCAAGACCUUGAUUAUUCUGGAUAUCACAAAAACUGAAUCUAACAAUUGUCUUAUUAUACAUUGUUUAGAAGAAAAAAAGGACAAACACAGCAUUGUAUGGAACACAGUUGACAUUGCUCUUGGAAUUUAUGCUUUGCAUGCUCGCAGCCUACAAAUUAGACAGUAAUCUGCCAGCAGAUAACUAACUAAUCUGUAGGUUGUCCUGAUUUCAAAAAUUAACAGUAGGCUCUUUGCCAAUGAGAAGACAGAUAGUGAGUACAAUGCAUAAUACUAAAAAUUAACUAGUAAUAACCAAAGGUUACGGAGAGCGGGUUACAAGCAAGUGCUUUGUGAAGGCCUCUUGUGACAGAUGGUCAAACACGCGUGAUCAGGUUACAAGGGGUAGAAGGUCAAAACGCUGGUGAUCAAACUUAGUGGAAGUGCAAACAAUAAUUUGGUGGCUACAUACAUGCAACGCAUGUGUAAUAACAACCUGGAGAUUAGGAUCACAGGCUCCUCUUGUCCCCUGCAAUUAUCUAAAGGUUGUGGGAGACACCUAUUGUUAUGUAGUUUUUGAAAGUGUAUGCACGAAGUACAGUGACUGAUAUUGGCAGGUUUCUGAGAUAUUCAUAACUGCAAAAAAAGGGGAGUGCAUAAUUUUAAGUGUUCACUUAUUCUUGCACAUGUGGCACACAAACUGUGAACAAAAUGUUUAUUCAAAAGUAACAAACAGGCUGUGAAUCAAAUGUUGUUUUAGUGAUUUUUAAUAAUAUGCAGGUGAAACUUAAUAUGGAAAUCUUUAGAUUUUUCAAACAAAUUUAAUGCCAAAGUCCACAGUGGCCUUAGAGGGGAAAAUUGCCUUCAGGUUUCUAGUGUACUUUUUCUUGCUUUCCAGUCUUAGCAAUACAUAUUCAUGAACUACAUCACUGCAUAAUAAGUAUUAUAAUGUUUAUGACUAGUUUUAAAUUGCCUGAUAAUCUUCUUUGUUUCCCUUAAACUGGAAAUCCAAAAAGUUGUUCUUCUCAAAAGUCCAAAAUCAUGUAAAUUAUAGUACCAUGAAUUUCCAAUGAAUACAUGUAAGUAAUGUGAAUUUUUGCAUUUCUGUUCAACUUAUAGGGAAAGACCUGAAGACAAAAAUUACUACGAGGUUAUACCAGAGGGUAUGAUAGUUUGGUGAUACUGCAUUAACAUAACAUUUCACUUCAGAUAUAAUUCUUGAAAAUGAAUACAUUUUCUUAUUUAUAUACCUGAUUCAAUAAAGGUUCCUUUAGGCAUUGAGCAAUUGUGCACUGGAAGGCUACUGUUUGGCAGUCAAUCAAGCAAAUUGUUGCUAAGCAGUGAGCCCUGUAUUCCUGAGCGCCCAAUGCCAAUGCAACACUUAUUGAGCUGGUAUGCUGUAAACUGCCACUUAUAAAGCUCCCCCACUUAUGAACCCCCCUAAUGAGUUACAGGCCCAUCUACCUGUAAGCAAAAAAUACAUCCAAUUAAAAGCCCCGCCCCCAUCCAAAUGUAUUUUGAAUUUGAUUUAUUAUGAUGCUUUGAAGCUUAGUUAAAAACCAGUAAAUGAAAAAUGUAUUUUGACCAGCACUGCUAAUAGCUUGUUUUUGAAGGGCCUUUUCUAUUCUUGUUAUAAGUGGCCUCAGAUAUAAGCCUGUCUGUUUACAAAGCACUCCUAAAACCCCUUACAAAGAUAUAUAAGCCCAGGGCUUAAAAGCAGCAGUUUACAGUAUGUCAGAAUGGUGUUUUGCACCUGCAGUUUCUUUUUUACUGUGAUGUCAACAAUAAUGCAUGUAUUAUAAUAAUUAUCAUGAAUCUUUAUAAUGAAUCAAUUUGCCAUUGGAAAAUUGACCAAAAAACACUGUUGUAAGCUAGUCAAGCCGUUUUCUUAGUCUCUGUUGGGCCAAAAAGUAGUAAAACUGCAGCCCAAAGCCUUGUUUACAAGUUACACAAUGCUGCUCUCUGUCCCUGAUGCUUAAUCACUGCUUCUCAAGUUUGGGCCUGCACAGAGGACAAAAGUUCCACUGUUACCUUUGAUCUCUUGCCUCCUUUUUACCUAUCUACUGGAAAAAAUUGGGGGGAAAGCUUUUAUGGUUGUCGAAGUGCAGGUGGUUAGUGGAACAAAAUCUUUCCAUUUCAAUUUUUGCUUCAACUUGACAUGUAUGGUUUUGUGCAUUGUUGUCUGGCCUGUUUGACUGAAUCAUGCUCAGGUGGGUAUGGUUCGAGAGAUCUCUUUCCCCUACACAGGUUAGAUGUCAAAAUAAUAAUUAUUGUCUAUGACUGUUACAUGUAAUUAAAAAUGGUGAAGUUACAAGCAGUACAAGGGACUUGGAUCCACACGAGCAGCUAUGGGUAGUUCAGGUGUCAAUGGGGCAAAAGGCAGCUAAAAUAAUUGGUAGAUUGGGGGUGAUGGUGGUUUAGGCACAUAGAGGUCCUCAGAUUGAGGGUCAUUGUAUUUUUCUUUCACUGAGAACCAUCCAAUGCUAGAAUACUACAUGGAAUAUAAUUUUGAAACUGAUAUUCAUGGGAACUUUAUAUUUUGAAGUAUUUUUUUCUCUUUUUCACUCUUUACUGGUAGAAUAAUGACAACUAAUCUAUUCCAAUGUUACAGGAGCUGCCUGUAGGUUAUAUUUUGACUUGGAGUUCAAGACUGAACUUAAUCCUGAGAAGAAUGGAAGCAAAAUGGUGGACACUUUUAUAGAGGUCUGAAACUGGAAAGUCAAUAUGUAGAUAUUUUAUGGGACAAAAAAAUUCCUUUUAUGUUAUCAUAUUCCACAGUUGAAUUUUCGAAAUAGGAUCAUGGUAACUUUGCCCUUUUAGUGUUUCGUAUACGGAAUCUUAAAAUGAUAUGACUGGUAAAAGCAUACCCGGUAGUGUCUUGCAUAGAUUUUUCUUAGCCGGAUACCUUUGAAUAUUCCUUUUCUUAGUAAAUCCCUAGGCAACAAUAUUUUGAAGUGUAUACGAGAUCUUGCAUCUGAGCUUUCCAUUCAACCCAAAACUCCUGAAAUUUCGGCUGGUACAUCAAAUGGAACAGACCAUUUCGGUUUGGUCCGACCAGAAUAUUCGAGACCAGGUUUGAAGGUAGUCCUCUUUGACCAGUCCGGUCAUUUCUGUCGGUCGGACCGAAAUGUCCGUUUCCAUUAGACAAAAUUGUUUUCCCCAGUACCGCUCUUUUGUAUCCUGCUUACAAGAACAAUAACCAAACGCGCGCAGGAUUGAUCGGGUCUCUGCAACCGGAAUGUACCGUUCCAUUAGGCACGUGGAAUUUCCGAAAUUUUAAACCGGAAUUUUUGUUGAAUGGAAAGCGCCCUUGGUUUCAAUUUAAAACUUAAGCUAAUUCAGAAUUUCAAAUUAAAAACAAAAACUUCUCUCAUUUUUACUUCAGUAUGUUUGUCUUCAACUCAAGGAUAUGUAUGACUUAAAUUGUGACAGAAGGACUGUUAUAGAUUUGGAUUCAAGGUAAGCGUCAACGAAAAAGACGUAAAAGUGUAUUUAAGGUACAGCAUACAGUUCUGCAAUCUCAUCACUCAAAGUAAGCAAAGAACUGAUAUACCCCUAAGCAGUAUUUGUCAAGUUUAUUGGUAGAGUUUAUGCCAUUCUAUUGUUUCAACCGUAAAGUUAUGUAAGAGACUCGAAUGUUGACGGUAAAAUGGGUUACUGAGUGGCAAGCACUUUUAGUUGCAUUAUGUCCUUUAAGAGGCAUUGUUACUUGUCAGCUUCAGUUUUAGAUGCUACUCUAAGUUCUGACUUUAGUGGGUCAUGUGACAUGUUACAGUACGCAAAUAGUGGUUAGUACAGUGGUAUUUUUUCAGCAUUAGUAGCCUGAGUGUGCUUAGUGUGAGCAUUCCAAAAUUAAUUUUGUAAGCACCCACCUAUCUCUUAAUAUACAACUACGGGUCAUUUACAAGAAUCCUUUGCGAAGGCAGACAGCUUGACUUAAAGGUCCUUUUUCUACCUCCCGAGGGAUUCUGUUUAUGGGAGCUUUGACCUUCCAUUGUUAUGUUCUGUAACAAGUUGGUACUGCUGUACUACUAUUAAUUUUAGCACCAAUUCCAAGUUUUCAAGACACCUGAUCUUCCACUUGCCUGGUGCAGUUUUUAAGGACAACAUCCACGCUGGUAAGAUUGGCACUCAGUAACACUCAGUUAAGUUCUUAUCUAUCUAAGAUUUUGAUGGAUGGUAGUCACCACCAGAAUUUUCGUUCAGAUGAGCACCAUUAAAUUAAUAUUGAUUUUCCAUUUAUAGGAAACUUUGUUCGACACAUUUGUUCCCAGCUGGAAACAAAACUUGGUGAUAAAUAUGACAUUUGUAACGAACAACCGGGAGAAAAAGACACAGCAGUUCAAACUGAAAAGGAACUAACCUACGAAGUAAAAAGCAUAUUUUCCUCAGGUAAAGUAGAGGUCCUUGGCUUUUAAGCUUGAAAUACCUUUUGAUUUAGCCUUUAUCUGCAUGGUAGAAAGCGUGAACUUUCAUCCGUCUUGAAUAUAAUUAUGGUUAAUAGACAUACUGUUUUCUUUGUUUUCCUUACUUUUUUGCACACCUUUCGCGUGCCUCAUUUUCUCGAAUAAGUAAAUUUUGCACGCCUUAAACACGGCGCUUAUUCAAGGGCGGCGUUUAUUUGAAAAAGCUAAAAGAAUUAACAUUUUUAUAUCAGAACCGCGGCGCUUAUUUGGGGGCGGAGCUAUUAACUUUUUCGUCCAAAAUGCGGCGGUUAAUCGGGGCGGCGCUUAUUUGAGUAAAUACGGUUAUUUCUUUGAUUUUAUUACGUUUGAUGCUUGACUUGUACAUUUUCCCUCUGGAACAAUAUGAUUUAUUCUUCAUUUUGCAGUUUUUCUUGAGAAACUGAGAGAACUGAUGAUCAAAGAUGGAAAGCCAGGUGGAUUUGGAAUCUUCUGUGACCAAGGUAUACAUAUUGAUUUAUUAGGGAUUUAUUCGAGACAAAACCUUCAGCCUGCAUGACGGGUGCUAUUUUGUCCAGCGCAAAGCACGAGACAUUAACUUCCGCCCAGUUAGCUCAGGUGGAAGAGUGCCGGUCUGCUGAGCGGAAGGCCGUGAGUUCUAACCUUGGCCGCACCACCAACCAUUAAAAACUGUUAAGAUCAUGAUAGCUGUAUUUAAAUCCCUCUCUCAGUUCAGACGAUCACGUCAUUGGGUGGUGACGUGAAGCCGUUGGUCUCGUGUCUUUCAUCCUUGCUCAUCAGUUGGAAGGGAACUCUAAAGAACCUGUGACAUUGUUCGAAAAUAGUAGCGGGCGUAGUCCCGGUGUUAUGGUCUAUCUGACGUGUGCCGUCAUUCGUCUGUGUGGGUUCAGGUGACGUAAAAAAUAUAAGGAGAACUUAGAAAUUACUUGCAACCAUUAUGGCUCUUGUUGCAACUGAAACCUUAAUCUAAGGAACGUUUUCGUGCCUUUAAACUUUUUCAAAGCAUGCAUCGGUGAAUCGGUGAACCUGAAACUCUGGCAAGUGAAAGACGUUAUCGAAACUAUAACUAAAAUAGGUUUGCUUUGAUUCGCAAUAAUUUUUUAGCCGCGUUGUGAGGCGCUGAGUAUUUUGUCCCGCCACACCGAGCCAGUUCACACGUCUCAAAAAUUGAAAAUUAGGCACAUUUUGCGGCGCUGUAAAAUGUUUGUAUCUCACAACCUCAAAUGAACCUUCCGUUCAACAGGCUGUACACGGCCAAAUGCGAAGUGACCCGUAAAUCCUGCAAAUGCGGAAAUCCGGAUAUGCGGAAGUCGGCAAAUCUGACAGCAGUCCGAGACCAAAGCCUAUUCCAAAAAACAGAGAUACUGCCUUUGUUUAGAGCUUCUCCUGGAUAAAUACAUCCAGCUACAUGGCCUAACUGUAACUGUUUAUUUUUCACUAAACUGAAACACGGUUCCAAGAACGAUUGUGUUCGGCAAAUAGGCUGAAUGGGCUCCAUAACAAACAGUUAUUAUCAGUUGAUCUGUCACAAACAUGCGGUGUGCGCCAACAUAUCACACUUUUGAGGACAUAUACGCUAUGUACGUUGUCUACAUUUGGAAUCUGAGAAUGGCAAGAUCUAGGAAACCGAGUCAUCUCGGUUAUCGCGACUUAUCAGUAUAGAGGCCCUUAAGAAUCGCCUGUUAAAAUGGGAUAAAACGUCCCGGCCAGUGAGUACGUUUAUUUGGAACCGAUCGUUACUAAGUAGAGAGGGGAGGAGAGAGCUUGAGCAAAUGGAGGAAAGCCUUUUUCAAAUUUUACUGACCCUCUCCCUUGUAAAGCAGUUACCCACUCUGCCCACUCCCUGAAUUGACUAUCUUACAUUCGGAACUGGGUCUCUCCUCCCGAACCUUGUCGUUAGAACUCCUGCAUUUUCCCUCUUGUCUUAUUCUUCUUUUUUCAUUGUCCCACUUGAUUCUUAAAUGCGUAUUAUACAAAGCAUUCUAAGCAUAAUUUCGGUCAUCGAAACCUCCCCGGAAGGUUUGAGCUUGAGCAUAUUCGAAUCUCGAAUCGUGGGGACGGUUCUCGGGAUACUAGCCCAGAACAGCCCAGCAGUCUGAAAUAUUAGGUACUACGGUCUAUCUGUUUUUCGCGAAAAUCUGAACUUAUCGAAUAUCUGGUACGACUACGACUCUUUCUACUUUGGCGCACAUAAAUCGAAAUUUGUCCACAAAUAUCAAAUUUUCUUAAAGGAAUUAUUGAAAAGUGGUCUUGAAUAUCAGACUGCCGGGUAUCUUGUUCUUCGAAAACAUUUACCGGCUGCAGUAAGGUAUCGAGACACAACGUUUAAAAGUCCUCUCAUUUUCCGCUCUGCUUCAAUCUUUUGUACUUAAGCUAUGCUUUGACUUGUUCUUCAUUAUAUUCUCCUCGAUCUUUCUCGAAUUUCGAAACUGGAACGCAUCUGAAAACGCUAAAAGGGCGAGCAGAACUGAUCACAAACUGCGCUUUUUCAUACAGCACUCUUGAGACUUUCCGAAAUGGCCGAUGAUUGUCUAAGUCUUGGUAGGGGUAACGUAUUUGUGACGUCAUCUGUGCGCAGCGCUAUUCAUUGUGGGUUUGUGACAGUGUAACAUGUAUUUAAAGGCAGAUUUCAGAGAAUACCAAUUUGGAUUGACCUUGAGCGACAGUGGUGUAAAUAGUGGUUCAAGUUUAAGUUCAGUGUCAAUGCCAAUGUCAAAUAAACGCUAUAUAACGAGACCAGUUUCAGUCAUACAGCCUGAUCCAGGUAAUCGAUGAGCAUCAAGAGUCAACAUGCCACGAACACAGCAACCCAGUGUCCAGAUCCGAGGUGCUUAAUGGAUACACUUUCAUUAUCAGAGCUCCAAAACGCUCUCUCGAAAGAGCCUAUUUUGACGAUGAGCUCUUUGCAUAUAUGGAGAAAAGAGCACGAGAAGACCCGCAGUUUAGAGGUGCAUACUGGGAACACUUCAACGAUCGCGAUGCAUGUGGAAAACAUAGCAUCGUUGGGGACCAUUAUCACAUCGCUGUCACGAGACAACGUCCUCGAGAAGGUGAAGCGUCUUCAAGCGCCCUUGGUUGUUGGGUACGUGACAAAGCUAAAGGAUAUGGUACCGAAACUCUUGAAGGACAAAAUAUAUUCAAACCUUCAGGAUUAUUCCUGUACCUUAGAAGACCUCCACGAUCCCUUGCGUACUAUACAAAAAGUAUAAAGGACCUUGUCUUUGAAAAGAAUGGAUACAAGUAUUUGCACCAUGUGCCACUUGAACCAGGAAGCCUUCCUGAAGUGCCUGGGGUCGAUGAAGGAUGUAGUGGUGCAGGGGCUCUUUUCGACCCCGGAAGUGCGCAAACCAAAGGCGGAGCCGUGCUGUUCGAUGUUAUGUCCGUCAUACACAAGUCCAAGGCCGGGACCAUCGAGCAGUUCCAGUCUUGGGUCCUAUCUAGAGAUCCGGCAAGAGCAGCUACAAUCAUGGAAGAGCAUUUCAGUAAAAGGAACUUAAAUCAGACAUUAGCAACGGCAAUGGAUUGGUACCCAUUGACCCAGUCGGCAAAACCCUGGCGAGAGCAGAUGGGAAGUGUCAUAAAGCCCGAAGGUGUCAAGGUUAUGUCAGUGGAACGUAGCCUGAAGAUGUUUGAUGUUAUCAUGAAGUGGCAGUUCAUUAAAGACUGCAUGGACAUUAUGGAAAAGUCUAUUCAAAAAGAAAACACAUUGUUGUUGAUUGGCAGUUCAAAUGCCGGAAAAUCUCAAAAACCUCAGUCACUUGCACUGACUGCAGCUAAGAUUUCACGUUUGUAUCAGGGCUUGAAUAAUAGCUUUGCUUUUCAAGAUUUGUUAAGUAAAAAUGUAGUUAUUCACCAAGAAGCCCUGUUGGCCAAAGCAUCUUACGAGAUGUUUAACCUUGUUAUGGAAGGUGCAGUCACAGACACUGAAGUGGCAGUUAAAGGCAAAGUGCCUUUUAGGGUCGCAUAUUCUCGACAUAUUCUCGGUUUGCAUUGUCACGCAAUGAAAAAUAAAAAUGCAAACCAUUCAAUACAGAACGUCUAGAAUCUGGAAAAUGAAAGAAGAUAAAUAUACAAAACGUCUUGUAAAAAAUCAGGUCUGUGCAAUAUUUCAAAUGUGAGAUAUUUUGAAAAACGAUUUACCUAAAUUUAUAAAGCUUUGUAUGGAAAUGGCCGCCGGAUACCAACAUGCAGAAACAUCUGUUUUCGAGUUUUUCUACUAAUGCGUGAAUUCUUCGCGUGAGGAACUCAUAAAGAUUAAAGUAAUAUUUAUUCUGAGACAAGGAAUGUUUAGAUAGCAAAAUCUCCCAAAAUCGGUCAUGUUUUUAGCCUACAUAAGAGCUCUCCUGGCCGUCAGCUAAAUGCCGCGUCACGCAAAAGCCUGGAACUUCAAGCGUCCUCUCUCGCAAAUCGAAGUACCCUUUGGAACCAAAAAUUGGUUUAUAUAAAAGGGUUUAGGUGCUGUCAUACCUCGUGAAAGUAGAAACUCAGAAGAAUCGAUAGUUUCUUAGUUUGAUUUUAAGUGACGUCACGUACAAACCAAGAAUAUCAACACUUGUCAUUAAGUACCCUGGACUAUGGCUGACCCUUAAUAUGUAAAUGUGUUUCAAAUAGUUGCAUCAGGUAUAAAUUACAGCAUUGGAAUGACUUGUUUUAGUUUGCAAGGGAGGGUGACAUGAAUCCAGAAAUGUAGAUUUUAAAAACUAAUUGAAGAGUUGGAUAACCAUGAAGCUGCAAAGCAAGAAGCAUUGCUUGCUUGUGAUGAGGAAGUUGACUUAUGUAUAUGCUGAGACUAUUGGGCCCGAACUUCCUCUUGUGUCACAUGCAGGAACUUACUUAGAUGUCUGGAGAUUGUGUUUCACAGAUUCUCGAGGAGUUAGAAGUACUUCAACUUACUCCUGAGAAUGCUGUUGUAUCAGAAACGCCGACCUGAACCUCCUAGUAAACGUCGUGCAAAUAAGUAGAGAUUGUACAGUAUAAAGUCCAAUUUCAAAGUCAAAUUCAAGUUCAAUUUUACCAAGUUCAAGUUAAAUUUUACCAAUGUCAAGUUCAUAUAUAACCUACAUAAAUGCAAAAUCAAAGACUUUAAAAUAGAACUAUCCACUUGUGAUGAAACUUUUUCAGAUUUCUUGUUUUUUUGUGACAAAGAAACGUAAAACAUUUACAAAAUUCCAAGUUAGUCUGUUUUUGUUUUUUUGGUUGUUUGUUUGUUGUUUGCUUGUUUUGGCAACAGAUUAACUCAGAUUAAAACCUUGAAAAUAUACAUCAAAAUCUCUAAAACUCCCCUUGUCUAAAAAUUUGUAGCUACCUUAUUACAUGAAAUUUUCGCGACACUGAAAUUUCGCGAAUUUUGCCAUUGUUUUGAAAUAGCGAAAUUAUUGUGACGCUAUCCACUUGUGAUGAAAUCGCACAAAUCCGGAUUUCUGAAUUUUCGGGUUUCGCAUUUCUAAUCACUCUGUAGAGCCACUUGCACAGAAUGUUUAUUUGAAGAUGUAGCUCUGAAAUCUCAGUUUUCUAACCUAAAUGAAACUUGCUUAGUUAUUUUUCUGAUUCUCGAGCUAACUCAACUCUGGACAGUUGUUUUACCGAGCUAUUUAGCUCGAAAUGUGACACAGUUUCGGCUGUUUUGAGCUUCGGAUUGUCAGCAUGGGAUUCAAAUAAGGUCGCAUACAAGCAGUUUCUAUGUAGGACAUUUACUGGAAUGUUGUGGGAAUACAACAUCUUAGGGAUAAGAAUAUGGCUCAAUUUAUGAGUCAAUGCCAGCAGUGGAAAAAAGCCGUACUUUUGAUAAAAUCUGAUAGAUCCAUUACAGUAGAGCUGAAAUUAUCGCAUUACCUCGCGUAUGCGACGAAUGAACUAUCUUUUCGUCUAUUUGGUCUUAAGCUUUCAACUAGAUCACAAACGUCAGAUAGUAAGCUUUUUAAUUAGGGUCAUUUUUGGCCUUUCGCUCUAAGGCAAUUAGGUGGGGUCAUAUUUUGCUACAUUUUGUCUUUUCGCCUAAGUUAAGCGAGCAACUAUUUCUUUCGGGAAAAACUAGAGAUAAUUACCAAAAACAGGCGUAAAAUUCAUUGGCAGAUGGUACGAAUUAAACGUUUUACAGCGCUGCGAAAAAUGCCAGAUUUUCAAUUUUCUAAACUUGUAAACUGGCUGUGGCGGGACAAAAUACUCAGCGCUUACUUUUGGUCUUGAUAAAGCCUUUCACUUGCCAGACAGAGUUUCAGGCAAAUUAUUUUUUACGCGAUUUUUACUGAGACGGCCUUUUAAUAUACCUUGACACUACAAAAUUAGUAUUCCUAAGUGUCUUUUCUCAUAGAGACGAUUUGCCCCAAAACUUAAAUCAAAAUCACGCCCCAAGAUUGUAAAAAGUCCACUUUCUGUUGACGUGCGUCGCUUUAAGGACGCCCUUGCUUAAACUCCGUAUCAUCUUGCAUCUUUUGUAGGAGUCUACACAAAAAAUCGCAACUUCAGAAUUUUGAAUUCGACGAAAAUAGGGAAGAACUCUCCUCUUCUUGUCUCCAGCGAGAAUGCAUUCAAGGUAAUUUAAUAUGGUGGCCUAUCAGUAAGGUUUUAACUUCUUUUUUCUUCAUGCUAUACCUACUGUUACCGUAGUGUCCCUAGCUACCAGGUGUCCAUAUUAAGCGGGCUCUCAGAACCAAAAUUUCAUGUACACAUGUUUUAUGGAUGUGCCGUCGAAAGCAGACAUUUUCACUGUUCUUGGAACUCGACAAGGGAAUCCGUGACCUCACUUUUUACUGAUGGUUCCAGCAGAGCGCUUGCGGCAACUCAGCCAGGUGUACUGACAGAUCGAACCUUUGAAUGGUUAUUUCCGUUAGGUUUUCACUGUUAAGUUAUUCAGUCACAGACAGUGCUCAGAUUAACAGUGUCCGUAAAUCGGGGUUAACGAUACAUAGGAGUUUGUGACGCGGGAUACAGGAAAUUGUCCGUAUUAACCGGUGUCCCUAUUGAGCAGGUUAAUUUUAAAGAAAAUAUUUCAACUUUUGGUCGUGACCAACGAAACCAACCGUUAUGUACGGGUGUCCGUAUUAACCGUCCGUAGAGCGGGGUUGCACGUAUAUUACUUGACGGAAGUACCAAAUGUUGUGAAUCGCUCUUUUAGUAAGCCCGUUGUUUUUAUUAUUGUUCUAGCCCAGUUUCAAGGAUAGAAAAGGAAGCUUCUCCAAAGACCAUGAAUACUUGCUAUUUCUUGAUUCACUGGUUUCCAAUGUCAGGUACGAUAACAGCAGUAUUGCAGAGGUGCUAAAGCAAAAGCCAAAACAUUUCUGAAUAAGCAUUAACUGGUGUCAUUAAAAAUAUUAAAUUAGUGAUGAAUACUCCAAAAAAGUCGUCAAGCCAAGCAAUAACCUUCCCUCACAGACAUUCAACUGAGCUGAAGGCUUACCUAAUAGGAUUGCACGUCUAUCAGCUGCAUCCUGUUAUCGGUUAUCUGGCCUGGCGGGGCGGUUAUCUGUUAGCAGGAAAAAGGGAGAACUGUGCAAGACUUCUUCAGUGUUAUGGACCUCUGUUACAUCUUCCACCACUUUUUUAUUUUAUUUUUAACAGCAGAGCCUUUUUUGAUAAAUAAUUUGUUUAUUCCCUCAGCAUGCAAACUGGAGGAAAGGAUGUUAAAGUUCUUACAUGUGGUAGUUGUGUUAAAUCGCCGAAAAAAUCCAGUCAGAAAGAAGCACGGGAUGCAAGUAUGCCUUUAAAUUUUUUAUUACAAACUUUUAUUCAAUCCUUCGGCCUGUGAUUUCUCUGGUGUUUACAUAGCAGCCACCACAUCGACACAAUAUGUGUACCUAACGCUUUUAUGGUACAUUUCCUUGGUGUCGUCUGCACAACUAUGACGUUCAGGCUUUGUUUACACUUAACUGGAUAGCUCUUACACCGGCAGGAAAACUUUAUCGGACAGGGCUUUUGUUCAAACAUAUAUUAACGGUUUUUCCGGACCUGUUUCUGUAAUAGAACGAAGCUGCGCCCCUCCGAUCUUGAACGUGUGUCGACACCUUUCGGAUUGGUGUCUGUGCCGCUCUUCGUUGCAGUGUGAACAAAUGUUCCCUUGCCGACAAAUCCUACACUGCAAAACACUGAGCCGGUCCGUGAACAAAUGUUCCCUUGCCGACAAAUCCUACACUGCAAAACACUGAGCCGGUCCGUAUUUCUUGUCUAGGUGAAGAACGCUCGAGGAGACAAACGAAAUAUCUGGAGUGAGAGUGAGAAUGGGGACAAGUGUGAUGCUCGCACACUUUGCACCUUGAAAAAAUCUAUUUUGAGUAUAGAGCGUUAAAAAAAGCCUGGCUGUUUUGCAGUCUAAACGAAGCCUUGCCCUGUUCAAACAGCGUUCGUACUUAAGAAUAGUUCAUUUACUCUGUUCCUGCAGCUUAAUCUGAAAAUGCCUGGAGACAUAACUGAAAUAUCUUUUCGGCAGGCUCCUCACCUUCCCAGUCAGGCUAUGAGCACUCGCCCUAUCCUGAUAUUGACCUCUUUGUUUCAAGCAUUAUCAACAAAGGAGGAGUGCAGGGCGAGAUUAGAAGAUGGGUAUUCUUUCCACAAGGUACAGUGUACAAUAAACUUUUUUACGGUCGAUACAGAGUUCAGGAUGUUUCAUAGCAGCAGAAAAUAAGAGUUCUUGUCAGUUUUUCACUUUUUUUUUCCUUUCCUAUAUCACAUGUAUACGAUGGUAACUGAUAUCCUAUUUUUUCCGGCUAUCUUGUUUUGAAACGUACACAGGGGGAUAUUCCCUUUUUAAAAGGGGUCCUGUUUUCAGGGGUCAGGUAUAUGAAAGGGUAGGGAUUUCUCUAGUUGAAGUAUAUGACAAGGUAGGAAAAUCUGCCAUUUGGGUCUGAAAGGCCUGAAAGGGCUCACAUAUGCAUUUUAAAAAACACUCUGGUUUUGUCAUAUAUUCUUGUUUUAAAGGCAGUGCAUUUUCAUAGACUGUGCGUUUUCUGUUCUGCUGUCCUAAGUAUUAUAUCUAUACUGUAUCCAUUUUCCUUUGUCAUAAUAUAUAAUUUUACUAAGGGCCACAAUAUUAGUUUACCUAGAUGUGCCCCUCUCCUACUUAGUAUUAUUUCAUUUUCUGUAAAUUAAUGGUGUUUGUGAUAAAUGCUAAGUGGAGAAAAAAUAAAAUGCAAAUACAAAGAGAGUGCAUUUUCAACAAUUAGAAGGGCUGAAAAGUUCUAAACUAGGUUUGUGAAAGGGGUACCUUUUGUCAAUGGAAGUUAUAUGAAAGGAGUUACUUUUCUUUCAAAAAUGGUAUUUAAAAGGGUAAAAGGAGCCUCCCCGUAUAAAACUUUGUUGAGUGUCCCCCGAGAAACAUACCUCUAUGUUCAGAAAGAGUUCCUCCACUACCAGGGUUGUCACUAAGGGCCGGGGGCCGGGGAUUUCCCCCGGCUACUCAGAGCAUGGCCCCCGGCUACUUUCGUCGUUAAAUUAAACCAAAAGAGCACACCUUUGAAACACACAGACUAUCCAUCAAACUAAAUGCGAGUUUCAUCUGGAGCAGGUUUAAGUAAUUCUGAAAUACUCGCGUGCAAAAACUAAGAAACGUCGGAAAAAGACAUCUGACUUAGAUUUGGUACUAGUACACACGCGCGAAAACUCUCCGUUCGCGAAAUGUCAGUAGGGAGUUUUAGCAACGACGACGGCGACGGCAACGGCAACGAGAACGUCAAAAAAGCAAUAGGUUUAUUGAGCAAAACAACUAGUUUGCACGUGCAUCACGCUUUUUUGUACAUUUCUUUGCCGUUACUGCACGACUACGACGUGAAAAUGCCUAGUUUCACGUUUUAUGGAGGACGUAAAACAAGCGACGACAAACUUUUCUUUCUCUUUCUAAACUUGAGUGCGCCCAAAGAAAUCAACUCCAGGGAAAUUGGCCUACAUUAGCUAUUUUCAGCGAAUUGAAAUAAACGCGACAAAGCUGGAAAAAAGGCCAAUUCAUUUUUAAAAGUGACGUUUUCGCUGCCGUCACCUUUGUCGAUGCUAAAAGUCCCUAGUUUCAACCGUUGUGUAGGGUUUGUGUUGAACAUGUCGAAGAAGUGGCAAAGGAUUCUGCACUCUUUGUUCACGAUGAAAGACCUUAGCAGAUCUCUGUUGACAUCACAAGUUGAGGCAUCAUCCGAGGGUUAAAUCUCCCUGAUGCUGAUUUUGGUGAUAAUUAGGAUUAUGAUGAAGGCUUUGAAGAUGAAGACUAUGACUGAUUGCCAUGUUUAAUAUGUGGACAUUUAAGUGACCAGGUCUACAUUAAGCUUUAGGUAUCAAGUAUAUAAAAUAACGCACGGUCAACUGGAAAUAUUCGAUCAUUGUCCGCAGGCCAUGAUCACAUGCUCUUAGUUCUACUUCCAAGAAGUUGCAUUACUUUUACAUUCUUCUCCUUGAGUCUCGUUUUGACAUCUCAGCGUCGUUUAUAAAGGAUUAGCGCUGUCGUUUAAACGCUUUUCCGUAGGUCAGUUUCUUCGUAUGUUAAGUGAUGUUUCGUUCAUAAAUUCGAGACCACUAAUGUCACCAGUUGUGCAGUUUAGUUUUGCCAUAUUUUAUCCCGCGAUUUUUCGUGCGUUACGCUUGUUUUAGGCUUAUCAUACUUUUAUUUUUCAACAAGCCAUAGUAACCUUAUGUUUAUGAUGCUUUUUCAUACAUUCAUCGUCCGCUUUUCUUCUUUCCGCUUCUGCGUGGGUUAAUUCAUUUGCAAUAUUAGUUUCACUUUUGUUUUCCGUACGUUGUUUCGUUCUUACGUAUAACUAAAAUAAUGAGGAUUUACAAUUGAUUUUACAGCGUAUGUUAAUUCAUUUGCACCGUAUAAGAAUCGAUUGUCCUUUCAACAUUUUUAGCAUUUGUAAAGUAUCGUUGUGAUUUAACACUUCACUGGCCAGCAUGCGCCUUGUCUGCGUGAAGAUAAGACUGCGCAGAUAACGUGACCGGUGCCAACCUGUCCUUUUUUUUCAGGCCCGGUGCUUACAUGUAUAUUCCCAUUUGGUUUGGCGGCCACUGAAAAAACCCUCCAACGAGCCUUUACGUAAAGUAAUUUAACUAUUAUUUUAGUAUCUCAGAAUGUUGUAGUUUUCUUUAAUAAAGACGUGAUCAUCAUAAAACCGCUAAUGAUAGCUGUACUCUUGAUCAAGAUUGCUUUUUUGAGGCGGUAAUGCCUUUUCGAAAACGGUAAAAGCUGCACUUCAAAACCUUCUUGGGGGAGGGGGGGGGGGGGGGGGGGAAGGGGCUCCAUGACUGCUUGCGACUUCCCCGGCUACUAACAACAAAUACCCGGCAACUUGAAAUCUUAGUGACAACCCUGACUACUAUAACAAAUUAAAUUUAAACAGUUUGAAAGUAAGUCAAAAAUCCUUUGGAAUUGCUUAUGAACUAGCUUCUCAUAUAGUAAGACAAGAUUAAUUUCUGUUUUAAGUAUGUAAAUGAAUGAUCUCAAACCUAGAAAUUUUAGUACAUUAUUAUUUUCCCUAACCCUGAGAGACUCAGCUUUAUAAUUAUUAGGAAAAUUGCUGACGUACGAUAUCCUGAAGAAUCGUUGGUGCGAGAACAUUGGAAGGCCUCAUAAAAGUAACCACAUCAUGUAAGACUCCAUAAUUUGUGUGACUGUAUUGUCUUUUUAAAGGAACUACGUCACGAGAUUUAUCAAAAUUCAAACAGUGAGAGUUGCUAACAAACUGAGUGAUACUUAAAAAUAUUGGCUCAAAACAGUAAAAGGUGCUAUAAAUAACACAGCAAAUACAAAAGAAGGUACUGAUGGACAAACUUGAAGAAGAUUAAAACGGAUAACAAUUGCGCUUUUUAUGGGAGACAAAGUUAGAGGCAAUUCUGGUUUAACCGAAGAAAGCAGUUUACCUACAACGUAGCCGAGCAAAUUGACUGAGGGACGGGGGUUGGGGAACAGAAGGGACUUGUCCCUACCCUAGAGUGUGGAAAAGCUGUUUGCAGACUGCGCUACUAAAUAGGACAAUUAUUUUUUUGGGGAGUUGGAGGGUAAUACUGUUGUUUUAAGGUUUGUAGUUCACCUUUCGAGUGUCUGGAAACUAGUUAUAGAUACAAACAUAACCCGCUGAGCGUUAGUUCUUAGUUGUUCCUGAGACUGUUCGUGAUUGAUGUUAUGCAGUGCUACGUUGUAGCGAAAUAGAAACCGAUCAGUUUUGUGUCUUCUCUCCUUUUUACCUUAUUGAUUUUAUUCUUGCUUUUUAGGAUUGUUGUUGACUUGAGGCAUGGCGUUCAUUAUCAAAAGUGUCAUGACCCCGAUUGUAAGCGCACUGAUUAUCGGUCUCCUGGUAUGUAUGUAUAGUACGCGUGCAAGGAACAAGUUUCCCUUCCCAGACAUAUUGGCUUAUUUUUCUGCUAGCAGACGACGUGAAAAUUCUUUGGAAAACUUGUCCCAGUUUUUUUCGUGAUCUAUACAGACACAAUUUUCCAGAAGCUGUUUAUAUAAUAUGAAUUUUCAAUAAUUUGAUGUUUAUUUUUUACAUUUGGAUUGGAAUCAACUGUUCGACGUUUCGAUUAUAAAAAUACGUCCAAGUCACAUGUUUUUUUGUUGGUCUUUCUUGUUUCCAGAACGUCCUAUACCUGAUGAGAUUAAUCCACUGUCACGUACUCAGGUACCUUUAUUGUUGCUAGUCUAUGGAGUACUUUCUUUCCACCGUGAAGUUCCCAAAGUAAAAUACUCUGAAUUAGCAGUCUUUGGGGGAGCGCUCACUCUCGUGGACUUCCUACCGAACAGUUCUCUAUUCAGACGUAACAGAAUUGGUCAAAUCAAGACGAUAUUUUCCCAUGUCUGUGAUGCGGUACAAAUAGGGAGCUUAAGCAACGACGCCGGCGACUUAGACGAAGCUAGAGUAGAGCGGCCAAAAAGCAAAGGUUUAGAUUAGGAAAACAACAACUCUGCCCGUGCAUCACGCUUUUUUGUACAUUUCUUUGCCGUCACUGCAUGACUACGACGUGAAAAUACCUGAUUUCACGUUUUGCGGAGGACGUUAACUUAAGACUUGACUUUCUUUUUCUUUUUCUGAAUUCCGAUACAGUCUUCUAGAAUUCAACUCCAGAGAAAAUUGACAACAUUUAAUGAAUUGAACGAGAUAGAACAAGCGCGAUAAGGGACGGACCAUUAGAAAAGUUAUGGGGGGGUGCGGGCGAAGUGCAAAAAAAGUAUUCGCGCAAGGGAAAAUUAAAUGGAAAAAAAUCAUGCACGCCAAUUAACCGUACAAAAAUAUUCAUGCUAUGGCCUAAAAAAAUUCAUACAAGGAAUUUGAUAACGAAAAAAAAUUCCUGCGGCUCAAAAAUUCCCCACCCUCCCCAUAACUUUUCUAAUGGUCCGUCCCUAACGUUUGAAGCAGCGCGACUUCACUUUUUAAGUGACGUUUUCGUAGCCGUCGCCGUCGCUGUUGCUUAAAGGUGAUGUUACACGCGACGAUUCGCAAAGACAAUUUUUAGCGCAACCCAGUGUUGCAAUGUUGGAACAAUGUUGUAAAUAUUCCAAACAAUAUCGAAACAAUGUUGCAACGCUGUGUUGCGCUAAAAAUCGUUGUUGCGAAUCGUCUCGUGUAACAUCACCUUUAGCUCCCUAAUAUGGUUCAAACCCGGGGAAAAACGGUGAUGUUACACGAGACGAUUCGCAAAGACGAUUUUUAGCGCAACACAGCAUUGCAACAUUGUUUCGAAUAGUUACAACACUGCUCCAACAUCGCAACGCUGUGCUGCGCUAAAGAUCCUCGUUGCCAAUCGUCCCUUAUAAUAUCACCCUAAUACCGUACAGAGUACUAGAUCACUAAGAGCAAUGAAAAAGUAUAAUCACUUCAUUGCCGUUUACAUAUAUUGUUUUUAUGUAGUGGUUGGUGAGAUCCGUUGACUGACGCUUUUCCUUUAGUUCCUUCUUCUUACCUCUGACAAAAAAAAAGAAUGAAUGAAUAAAUAAAAUUGUCGGUUCGCUCGCGAAUGGUUCAGUUUUGGAUGCGAUAGUAGUAUAGGGCGCAACGGUUACUCCUUUUUUCGGAGAAAUCUCUUUACUCUUGGAGGAAUAUAUUAAAGCCUAUGACGUUAUAGCGUUUUGUCUUCAUCACAUGAAUGAAAUGCGGAGGAAUCGAUCUCUUUAGGAUAUGGUGAUGUUAAAAUAUAUAUAAAUAGCACAACCUUAUCUUAAUGAGAUUCCUUCGCAUUUUCUUCAUGAAAUAAACGUCUUGAUUCGCCAUUAAGGUGAUAUUGCACGAGACGAUUUGCAACGACGAUUUUCAGAGCAACAUAGCGUUGCAAUGUUGGAACAAUGUUGCAACCAUUCGAAACAAUGCGGCAACAAUGUUGUAAUGCUGUGUGGCGCUAAAAAUCGUUGUUGCGAAUCGUCUCGUGUAACAUCACCUUAAAGGUGAUGUUACACGAGACGAUUCGCAACACAAAUGCGAUCCUUACUACAUUUGUGUCCUUCCCUGCAUUACAUUUGUGACCGGUUUUUACAUAUGGCACCAAUUCCUCAUAACGUUUGGGACCCUUAUGACAUUUGCAACCUAUUUCUUAUUACAUUUUGCACCAAUAAUUACAUUUGGGACCUCAACAGGGCUUUAGUCUUUUUUCCCCUUAUUUAAUGAAAUGUUUGUUAUGCUCAUAAGCAUUUCUACGUCUUAGUUCUAGUUUUGCAGCUGUCUCUUCCAGAUGAAAGAAGUUAAGCUGCUAAGCUUUUUCGUUUUCAACAGAGUUCUUUUUUUCCUUUCAGUAUGAAGAGUUCUUCGGUUCUGAAGAUGACGAUCAAGAGCUUUGUAACGCUGCAGCUGACUUUGAAAAAAGGAAUGUGACGAUAUGAGUAGCAGCCUCUGCAGUUCUUCAAAAUACGGUGCUUUAUUUGCAAAUAGCUACAGCAGAGGAGAACAAAAUCCCUCGGGAAUAUCUGAACUUAUUAUUAAUUGGGAUGAUGAGAGCGAGGACGAUAUAGCAUUGCUUCAAGUCGAGGUCCCAGAGGCAGCUUGCCAUUCUACCGAAAGCAUCGUUUCUCGCGCCCAAGAUACGACAAAUGCGCUGUCAGAUGGUACAAGGAAUAACUUUUUGAAAACAAGGGAGGGACCAACUUCGGACGGCCCGAAGUCCACAGACACCACGAGAUCACAAAACGUCUGUGGUCAUCCAGGAAGAAAU